GGUGAACUUGACAACAUCGACAGGCAACUGCAUAGUGCAUAGUGCAACUGACAAAUUAAAUAAAAGAUCCCAAGAAUCACGAGAAAAUAGAAAUUAAAAAUGGACAGUAUUUCGUUAAAGAUAAAGGAUCGUAAAUUUGAUGUAAAAAAAGAUCUGUUAUGUGAAUAUAGUGAUUACUUUCAAGCUAUGUUUAGUGGGAAUUAUGUGGAAAAUGAACAAAAAGAAAUUUGUAUAGAUACGUUGGAACCCGAUAUAAUGGAAAUUAUACUUAAAUAUAUGAAUAUAGGCCUCAUAGAUCUUUCGGAAUAUACAAUUUCCAUUAUAGGACAAAUCGCAAUAGCCGCUGGUUUUCUUCAAAUUACAGAACUUAUAAAACAAAUCGAAUACGUAUUAGAUCUUCAACUGUCUGAAUCCAAUUGGAUAGAUAUUAUGGCUAUAGCUGACCAAUGUUCUUACACGAAAUUAGAAAAACUAGCUAUUGUGCAUGGUUUAUUAUCAUUCAAAUCUAUGAAGCCCGAAUACAUACCAACUCUGCAAACACUCAGUUGGUAUCUAUCUCAUCCAUACUUAGACUCUGAAAGUGAACUAGACACGUUUCAGUUUGGCUACCAGUGGAUUACGCAUCAUGAAACUGGUGCAGAUGCAUUACUUAUUAUUCUCGGCUGCUUAGAUAUCACCAGAAUCACUAAAUCUGAAAUAUUGGAUAUUAUAAUAAUGAUUAGCGCGUACAAAGAUAGUCUUGCUGCAAAGGUAGUGGAAUGCAUGUAUAAUUUAGCCAAAAAUAAUCAUAGUAUAACAACAACCAGUUUGGAGGAACUCAAAUGCUCUAUAAGUGAAAAAUUUACAGAAAGAGUGUAUAAUGAGUUGUUCAAUUUAGUGAAGAACAGUUCUACUCGUAAAUUGAAUUACACUCCAGUUAUACCAAUGUGGCUGUUGAAGGAAUCAAAACCUGAGUUACUGCCACAUUGCCUGUAUUCUUAUACAACGCAAAACAAAUUUGAACAAUGGCUUGAAGUUGCUGACAAAAAUUUGUGGGGAUGGAGUGUAGUGUCUUGGGGGCCUAGUAAAUUCAUAGUUAUUUGCGGGGAACAUGGACGAGGCACUGGAAUGUUCAUGCAGGAUGUGAGAGUAUAUGAUAUAUUAAGGAAAGAAUGGACAAGGCAUGGGGUUCUGUUGCCAUCACGUAGGCAUGCUGGCUUUGUUGUGAAGGGUGAUUCUUUGUACAUUGUUGGUGGAGUAGGUUCGUUUAGGGUAAUAUUAGAUACUGCUAUUAUAUAUGAUUUGAAGCAGAGAUCAUUUAGAAAAAUCGCCAAAUUCCCAGAUGCAAUGCAAAGUCCUGCAGUGUGUUUGCAUGACAACGUGGUGUACUCUGCAGGACAUAAAAAUAUAUACGAGUAUGAAGAUCUUGGAAGCACAGAUAACUGGAAGGCUGUUGUUCGCACUGAUAUUAGAAUGAGUUGCAUACGUUCAUUUAGAAAGUACAUAUAUUGUACACAGAGCUAUUUCAGUCACUUGUAUAGAUUCAAGCCUGGUUUAGAUGCUAAAUUGGAGGUAAUUUCAGCGUUUUCAAGUCCUCCAGCUACUGUGUGCAAUUUAUAUGACCAUCUCAUUGUGUUUACAAGAUCUGUCUGUAGGCAGUCAGAUACAAUAUCAGUGGAAGUGUACCGAGGUGAUACAGCUGGGGAAAAACCUAAAAUUGUUUACACAGAGGCCGAUACAUCAAUGAGAGUCAAUGAUCUUGCUGGAUCGUGUGUAGUAAUCACUGAAACACCACCAACUGAUUGGGAAGUCUCUCAAUAUCUCAGAUCAUAUCUUCAGCAUUAUAAUGACUAAUAAAAAGUAAUGAACAUG